GAAAUCCAGCACUUGCUACCUGCUCAUUUUUUCCCCCUCGAGAUAGUCAGGUUGAGCUCAAAGCGAACAUUAUGUGGGAAGCGCCGGUAGUGUGAGGAGCGAACUGAUCAACAACAGUUCGCUUUGGAGCGGCAGCGUACGGACAAAAACAAGCCCACCGCAUCUACCGCUGCAAACUCGGAUGAACAACAGGGCGCUGGUAGCCCUCUGUCCUCGGCCCAGUAGACGAGGCUUGGGAUGAGACCACAUUGGCCUUCACUUUUGCAUUGAGAUUCGUCAUUGCAGGGACAACCGUGCCUGAACAAAAAUCCUCGGUGCCUGGCAUAAGCUGAGCGAAAGAAGACGACAGAGAAACACUUUACAGGAUAAGCUCUGAACUUCAAAAUUCGCUUUGCAGAGAGCUCAUGAGUUCCUUAUAGAGUUGCAUCAUGCCUUAUUCCAACUGCCUCAGCUUUACUUCGUUGUAUAUCAUAAUGUCACGGUUUUCUGCGUAGGAGUUUAUGACGCCAGGGUAUUUCUCAUCGUUGUUGAUUUUUGUUGGCAGUUUUACAGCAAAGUGUCUCUGUUGAUUGAAUACCCCCAUGCCACUUGGUCAGAAAGUACUAGUGAUAACCUAGAGAAGUCGAAGCUCCCGACCCGUACAAUGGAUGACUGGGAACGAUAUCGGCUGGUCGUUCUUGGGGCCGGGAAAGUUGGGAAAACCUCCAUCAUCUCGCAGUUUCUUAGCAACAAAUUCGACGAGAAAUACAAAGAGACAGUCGAGGACCUGCACUGCCGGGAGUACAAUGUGAACGGGCACUGUAUUAAAGUGGACAUCCUGGACACCUCGGGAACUCUUCAGUUUCCAGCGAUGCGGCGCUUAUCAAUCUCGACAGCCCACGCCUUUCUACUGGUCUACUCCGUGGACGACCGCAAUUCCAUGGAGGUGGUGCGGCAGAUCUACGAGCAGAUCCGCGAGCAACGAACCAAUUUCGAUGAUCUGCCCAUUGUCGUCGUCGGCAACAAAACAGAUCGCGCCGAAUUCCGCGAGGUGGAAGAAAUCGAGAUGCACGAUUUGAUCGUCCGCGAGGCGUGGAACUGCAAUUUCCUGGAGGUCUCGGCGAUGGAGAAUCUGGGCAUUCUGGAGAUUUUCCAGAAGCUCCUCCAAAUGGCCAAAAUUCCCGUCGCCCGAGAGCUCAGUCCAGUGCUGAAACGUCGCAUGAGCGAGUACGGCUACAAACGCCGCAAGGACGGCCGGGGGUCGUUCAAGGAGAGCGACAAGGAGAUGUCGCGCAGCAGAAGUCUCAUGCGCCGCACAGGAAGGCCAAAAGUCAAGCAGAACCAAGAUCCCACGAAAAGUGACUGUGUAAUUUCAUAGUUGUCUUAGCCUGUCAACUAGUAUCACGCAUCGUAUUCCAGUCUCUAGCUCAAGAGCACAGUGUGACAAAAUUUGCAGUGGCGUAAUCAGGACGGAAUUUCGUAACGGGCUAUCCGGGAUGCACACUUCAGGGGGGUGCUGAAAGCCGAAGAAAUGUGGUUUGCACACAUAGGUGGUGUAUAUUUCAAACUUUUAAAGAGGGGAGCCCGGGGCAGGGACCUCGGGGGGGGGGGGGGCUCCUGCCCCGUGGUGCUCGCUAUGUAGUUACGCCACUGCAAAUUUGCUGUUAGUGUAUUUGUAUUCCUUGAGUUCACGUUUCUCCACAAUCCAGUCAGUUUUAUGUGUUUUGCGGUUUACUUUAAUGAUGUUAGUCUAAGUAAUAUAAUAGUUAGAUUUAAAAACCUUACCAGAACCAUCGUCCUCCGUAGCGAGGCAUUUUGCAACGAUAAACCAUCUCGGGGCCGUUUGGUAAGGAAUUUGCAUGAUACAUUUUCUGUGUUUUCACGUUUUCAGGGCUUCUUUGUCAUCAUUGCCAAUGUUUUUUACUUGAAAAAAAAAUCAAAUUACCGAUUCUCUCUGUGAAUAUAAAUGCAAGUUUUAAAGACAUGGAUAUGAUACAAUCAAUGCGAAGCGGCUGUUUGCAGUCGAAUAAAAAGCACUAUCACGGCACAGUCAAUCGCAAUAUACAGUUGUAUGCAUUGUGCUGCAAAAUUUACGCGUGUUGUUUCAACGGAGGAAAAUAAACUGUGGAAUGCGUACACAAUUGUGGAGGAACCAACAAAGCGAACAAACAAACAAAGCACACACAAACGCAACCAACACCAAAGUAAUUGAAAUAAAGUUGACAAAGAAUGUAUUGUACAUACUUUUUACGCUUCAGCGGUAUCUUUUUUAGUUUCUUUUUCGAUAAAUUAUACAUAUUUAAAAAUCUGAUCUCCAUGUUUCUUAUAAAUUCAUUUUCGGGUUAUAUCAAUGCAAAUACUGGUUCAAUAUCCAGCCUUUUGCAUUUCUCAUGCUUUUGUGUUGAUUUAUAGAAUCCAGUAUUAGUGAAGCUCUACGAUUUGUCUCCGGUUUAUUUAUAAAGAUUAAUGUAAGUUUGAAGCAAUUUUCAUUAGCUAUUCGGGCAGUGUGUUAAGUCGUCCGAGCGUCAGACGCCAUUUUUAUUUGUGACUUGCUUUUAUAGCCGUAGCGUUGCAGUAAUGUAAAACGGAGUCGGGUUUAAAUAUCACCAGCCAGAUAUUUUGGUUAUUAAUGGUACAACUUUGCAUGUAUAUAUUUACCUAUCCGCUCUAACUCCCCUUCUCCAAGGCAUAAUGAUGUGACUUCUUCUAUUUUAUUCAAUGGCUUACCUGUUCCCCUGCAGUUAUUCUUUGAUCUUUUAUCUUGUUUAACGGAAGUAGUAGGCUUAACCCCGACACUCCACAUGUCACUGUGCGUGAGAGGAUUAAGGAAACAUGUGUGGUUAUAUUUUUGUUCGACAAAUUGAGUCAGGAUAUCUUGCCUUGAGGUUCUACGUUUGAAGAAACGAACGCACAUGACGUACUCCGACCAAACCGUAAAAUUGUGGGAACUUCUGUGUCAGUUGUUUGAUAUUAAGCACUGUAGAGUUCAUUGUGACUUUGGUAUAGAAAGGACCUUAACGAUCCGAAUAUUUCGGGUGUGACGAGUACAGUACUGUCUUGUUGCUGUCAAAAUUGAUUUUAUCAAAUGUUUUAUUUAAUUUAAAUUUUGCGUAUUGUAAUAGUAUCUAUUACAAAUAAAAAUCUUCAGCCAGCUUUGUUUACUUCAGCUUAGUAACGUUUCUGCGCUUUCAAGGGACACAUGUAUGGCUGAAAAUUGUCAAAGGCAUGACUUGUUUAUUUGAAUUUUUCUUUCCUUGGUUAAUGUUGGAAGCAUUUAUUGUAUUGGUUUAUGUUGUAUAAACAAGAUCGAGUUCGGCUUCCGUAAAUGAAUUUCAGUUGCCAUGGAUUCUGAAACGAAGGCGUCUAGAUUCGGAGUAUGUUGGAGUAAGGUGAGUAGUAAAGGUGAGUAGUCAUGUUAGCUAGGAGAGUCAACCAGGAAGGGGUUGAUGGACCUGUUUUUAUUGUUUGAAACGGUGGUUGUUAAAUUUGGUCUUUGUCAUUUGAUCAUGGUGCAUCGAGGCCUAUGGGUUUGCGGGUUGGGGUUGUUAAUAAAACGUUCACGUUAUCAUUGUGACUCGUUACUGGCAAACCUUCCACGCCCAGCACCGUUCAGUCGGACUUGUUCCGGUGCCGUCUGCUGGCGUGGCGCAGUUGUGUGGAUGUUUUGAAACAUUCGCGGUCGCUUUGGGGACUCUCUCAAAUAUUGCUUGGGAUUCAGUAUUCCAUAAUUAUUUGUGAAGCAAAAAAAGUGCGUGGAAGGUUUAUCAUUGGUGGGUGCGAGGGACUUGUUCCAACUGAAAACGGAAAUUGUAUUGGUGAAAAAAAAUUGGCGCAAUACUGACAAUCAUGGUGACGCUGAUGAUAAAAAAGCACUGAUUGUUGCAUAAAAAAAAUCCUCAGAAUUAUAUUAUAUCGUCCCUCCUUACAAAGGGUUAAUGGAGACUUAAUGUGGCCAAAAUGUUGCUGUCAUUUUUUUCUAUCCAAAGUGUGAUGUCAGGCUUGUCAUCUCUCUCUGUCCUUAAUGUAAAGGUGUCCACAUGGAAGUUAAGCACGUUUUUUUUGUUUUCUUCGGAUGCAAAUCUUUCCGUGUCAAACAGAAAGGAAUCUUUCAAUUGCGGGGUUGCGCAAAGUAAUACUGUCGUUCUUUUGGAUAUUAUCAAAUACGUAGGGGUGUGUGGGUGUGAACGUGUUUAUACAAAGAAGGAGAAGCAGUCACUGAUCAUGUGGAAAUCCAUAAAAUGUCAAAACGUCUUCGGUGGGCAAGCUGCCCUCGGUAGAAUGAACUUGCAAAACAAAUUGCCUAUCCUACGCCAUCUAGGGGCUUGUUUGCUACCAUCCACUCUUCUUUGUCCAGCAUUUGGAUCCUGGGCUCCCCCGUGUCAAUGACACCAACGUCCCCGCUGGCGUGUGUCGAUGUUAUACGCGGUUCGCCUAGCCUCCGCCCCCUCCAGGCAAUUUCCCCAAGCCGGUUCCCACUGUUUUGGGAUCAUGGGCUCAUUAUCUCCCGCUGGUGGGGCGUAGAGCCAUCCUCCUCUUUCCUGAUCGUGGCCGAGACGUGGGAGGCCCCCAUAGAGGCUGAUGCUGCUAUUGAAUUGAAAUAUAUAUAGGCCUUUAAAGAUAAGGCUUUGUGGGGGCAGUGUGUAGGCGCUCAGCUGGGCGAAGGAGACUCUGUGAUCCCUUUUAGACUUUGUCUGUGUGCCAUCUGAUUUCGUUGAAAUGUGACUUCAGGGUAAAACGUUUCCAGAGUGUGCUCCAACGCCCCUUUUCAAACAUCUCGUCCAAAAUCAACAAAAAUGUCUGCAAACCCUGAACCAUAUUAAGUUAGCGAGCACAAUUAAAGGGUAGCUGCAAUCAAUGUUUUUGUUUACAAACCUGUGCAAUGCAUC